AUGGGGUUGAGCCUACAGCUUAAGAAGAAUGUGGAAGUAUGUACUGAGAACUGUUCCCACGUGUGUUUGGUUACAGACGAGGCUGUGGUUGAAGGUUAUCCCAGUUCUCGCCUGGAUCCCGUUGUUGAGGCUCGGGGUCUUCCCAGGCGUGGUCCAAGAGUUGUUGAGCCUCGCAGGGAUGCCAGGGGCGAUGGUUACCGAACUUUUUGGCGGUAUCCAGUUCUCGUGCCUCGGGAGGAUCCCCGGGCUGUGGCCGUAGCGGAUGGAGAUCCCUCUUCUGCUCUGGAGCCUGGACUGGUGACUCCGGGACAUCGUGGAGGUGUUCCUGUAGGCAGUGGCCUCCCAGCUUCUCAUCUGGAUGCCAUUGUUGUGCCUCAGGGGCAUGCCAGGGAGCUUCCAAGCGUGUCACAGCCUGGAGAAGCCCCCCACGGCAGGAAAUACUCCUUUUUUCCAGUGCACCGAGGUCUUGGUGGUGGCAAAGAUGCCGAGGCUGCAGCUCCUAAAGGCCGACAAAAGCAGCGUUUGGUCCUGAGCGUUGCAGUCUCAGGUUCCGCACUGUUUGUCGUAGUGCUGACAUGUAUAGUCGCUUUCUGGCUGAGGAAGAGAAAACAAGAAGCGGUACCAGCUAACCCUGCCGCUGCCUCCAACAGAGGGGAGUCAAGCAUAGAGGAAGGCAGAGCAAAACCAGGGAGUGACAGCGAAAAGGAUGAGCUCACCCUAGAAAAUGAAAAUCUGAACAGCAGCUCCAGUCGCCUUCCGGUGAACUUUGCAACAGAGCUUUCCCAGUUAUUUAAUGCCACAAAUUCAGAAAGUUCAUUUCAGCCUACAUGCCAGAACACCUCAGAUGGUGAUUAUGACUCUUCCUCAGAUAUCUGCAUUCCCCGGGAUUUACCCCAAGCCGAUCAUUCCAAGUGCAUGUGCUUUCAUUACCAACAGGGAUAUUGUACUUCAGAUGCAUAUUCCGAAUAG